UUAAAGGUUCCGUUACAUUCGACAUGGAGGCAGAGACCCGCGGAACCGAACCAGUUUGGGUAUCUGAGGCUCUGCGAGUGCUGGGGGACGCCCUGCGCGGCUCCUGCGCGCCCCCUACUGUAUGGUUCAAGGAAAGCAGCCAGAAGAACCUGAGGAGCAGAGACUUCAUGGUUCCCAGAGGAGCGCUGAAGAAAAGCUUCCCGGAUGGAGAGGUUCCGGCGGAGCUGAUUCAGAGGCUGAGGUCCCUGGACGCCCCGGGCCUCCCCCCGAUGAAGAGAUGUCUGCAGUCUGAAGCCGGACUCGUCAUCCAGUUGGAGAGACCUGCGGUUUUCCAUCGAGUGCUCCGAGACUUCACUCCGUACCUGAGACCUCUCCCCUCCGCAGGCGACGGCCAGGACAUCGUCCUCCUCAACUGCGCUGCGCUGCACAGCUGCGGGAGCCUGGAGACGCUGAGACUGAGUCACCUGAGGGCCGUGCUGAUAGCAGACCACCUGGCUGAGGUUCUCACCCUGAAGGGAAAAUGCAUAUACAUGGUCCCUGCAGCGCUCUGCAAGGAGGUAGAAGAAUACUUGAGUCAGCUGGGGAUCUCCUGGCCUUGUUCAGUGGAUGCACCAUCUCUACAAGAGACCAUUUCAAGUUUUAAGGACUCCCUAAGGGACUGUGUGGACUCUACCCAGUCACCGGAUGUAAUCAGUGUGCCGCUCAAAACUUUUGCAGAGAAGCACAACUUGGGCCUGCAAGGAUAUGACCCAAAUCUAGACGUCUUCCAUGUGAAUGAAGAUGAUCUAAGACACGUGGCGAGGCUGCAGAGAUCCUUCCAGGAGGCGGUGCAGCAGGGGUCCCCCUGUACUGUCCUACAUAUCGUCAGCUGUGAGGAAGAGUUCCAUCAGCAGAAGCUGGACCUUCUCUGGAGGCUGAUGGUCCCCAGCGCUGGAGAUGUUGCUCAGAAGCAUUUGAUAUGUGGACCCGUGAAAGUUCUCAACGCGGCAUCACCCGUCGGUUGCUCUCAGUACUUUCAGCUCCGGAAAUCUCAGAUGCUGGAAGCCUCAGUUAUGAAAUAUGGAGAAAGUGUUCAAGGUGACAGCUGGGAUGAAAUUAUUAACUCUUUGACCUCUGCUGCAAUCAAGUUUGAGUUAAUGGCAACUCCUCAUCGCUCCCAGGUAAAUCUGAACUUGGAGGAGGCCAACAUCACAACCAAGGGAACGAAAAGUGGAUCGUUUGUGAUGUAUAACUGCGCCCGGCUGGCCACCAUGUUUGACAGUUAUAACAGCGCUGUCAGUCAAGGUGACUAUCCCGAGUUCCCGCCGUCUGAAGAGCUCCACUAUUCCAGUCUGCGUGAGGAGGGAGAAUGGCUCCUUCUCUUUAAUUAUAUCAUGAUGUUCCCAGAGGUACUGAGCCAGUCAGCACAGAUGUCGGCAACCUCCGCGGGGAUCCGAGUCACAGCCAACACCGAGGCGGUUUGUAAAUUCCUGGUCAGCCUCAGCAUGGAUUUCAGCUGCUAUUACAACCGAGUGCACAUUCUAGGGGAGCCGUUACCUCAUCUCUUCAGUCAGAUGUUUGCUCGCUUGCAGCUGGUGAAAGCCGUUCAGGGGGUGCUGCAUUCUGCAUUGAGGACGCUUCACAUUUUGCCAUUGACUCAGAUAUAAAACGGUCCCCGGAGGAUUAUACAUGAAGUAUAAGUGGUGACAGCAUCAACCACGUGCAUGUGACUGAGGUGACAAGGUGGUCGUAGAAGGAGGGAUCGCACGGCUCAUCAUCGGAGGAGAGGUUAUAAACUUAAUGCAGCAAAUGAGGGAGGGGAUGACACCAUAAAACUUAUCCCAUUCUAGGUUUUGCCCUCAGGAGAUAACCUGUGCAAUCUGCAAGAAACAAAAUCUACUGCUAAAAAUGUAUAUAUUUUUUUUAGAGCUCAGAUUUCACACAUUUUAUUAGAUGUCGUCACGUAUUUAAUGGUAUCUUAGUGAGCUGGUAAAGUGUACUUUAUACUGGAGAUGAUGAUAAUAAAGUGCAUUGUUCUAAUAUAACUUGUACUGUAUA